AUGUCUGCAAAGUACAUCCUUGGAGCUCUUUCUCUCCUCUUUACAAACACUCACGCUGCUCCCACGGGGAAUCAGCCAGCACCUUCUACCAUUUCAUAUUGCCCCCCUGUAGCUGCUACCUUUGCGACGCAGCAAAAGAUUUUCGCCGAGUUCGUUGAAAUCAUGUUCACAGAACGCAACAUCACCAAAGCAUACGGCAUUCACCUGCUUGCUGAUCCUGAAUAUGUGGACCACGAUUCAUACCACGGUGCCAGCAAAGCUGAGGUCCUUGCUCUUGUUGUUCCUUGGUUCCAUGAUACCGCUUUCAACGUCUGGAACACGUUUUUGCAGAAUGACAUUGGCAUCAGUGUUGAGAUGGGAGUUUUGGCAAAUGGCACUACCGCAGCGUUUGUCGACUUUUGGAGAUUUCAAGGCACUUGUAUUGUGGAACACUGGGAUGUGAUUGAAUUCGUGACUGGGGAUUCACCAAACCCCAACCCACUCUUUCCAUUGCCGGCCCCUUUGAAAUCUACGACUGAUGGUGGAAAGAGCCAGUGA